AUGUCAACACAAGGCGAACGUUUAAUUAUGUAUUUAAUUCUUAGGGCAGAUCUCAUUUCUGAUUUAAAAUGGCCGUUAGGAGCUGUCUUCACCCAAAUAGCUCAUGCAGCCACAGCUUGUAUAUGGACAUUUAAGGACGAUCCAGAGGUUAAAGAAUAUAUGGGAAAUAUGGAAAAUAUGCAUAAAGUGACUUUAAAGGUGAAAGAUGAACCAGAAUUAUUAGAACAAGCAAAGAAAUUGGAAGAUGCCGGUAUUCAACACAAAAUUUGGAAUGAAGAUGGAAUGGCUGUUUGUAUAGCUAUUAAACCUCAACAAAGACAGAAGCUGAAACAAUUUAUUGGAAAUUUGGCUCUUUAUAAAUAA